CUACUUUUAGCUUUACAAUUCACUCUCUUGGUUAUCUCCAUCAGCGCCGUUGAGCUGGCGCAUCUGCUUUUUCUUCACCCCUAAUCUUCAAUAUACCCCUUGCUUCUUCUACCACCAGUCAUUAUGCCCCUUCUUCUUUCUAUCAUCAUUGGCGCUCUGGCAGCGUCGCCUCUUGUCGCGGCCCAUGGCAAGGUUGCCGUCGUCCAGGGAAAUGCUGGUGGCAACGGAACUGCUCUUGGCAUCACUGGUGGCAUCGUUCCAGGAACCGGGAGGAACAGAGUCACAGAAGUCGACACAACCGUCUUCGGCAAGACAAACAUCGCAACUAAUGGACUCGGAAGGACAACCGGAGGUGGGCAGAAUAAGGCUGCUGAUCUGUCGGCCGCUAUAGCUCAGUCUGGCUCCACCCUGCCGCAGGUUAGCGCAAGCAAUGGAUCAAUUACAGGAACGUUUCACAUCGUUACUACUGAUGGAGCUGGCCCCGUCCAAGCAAUUAUUGACCCCACUGCUACUGGCCAAUUCUCCAAUGGCAUACAAGCCAACGUCGUGACUGAUGUGCCUGGAAAUAAUGGGAAUAUCAAGGCUAACGGUAAGGUUCCUCGCGCCCUGCAAGCUCUGGGCUUGAUGAAGCGUGCUGCGAACGUGAACAUGGACUUUCCGAUCAACAUCGCAGUCCCAGCUGGAACUUCCUGUACUGGGGCUGUCGCUGGUCAGCAAAAUGUCUGCUUCAUGAAGAUUGCAAAUGCCAACCGUGCUGGCCCAUUUGGUGGCGUCAUUGCUUUCCAAGUGGCAGGUGCUGCCACAAAUACUACCGCCACUAUUGCUAAGCGCUUCGCUGCAUGAGCUUCUAGUAUUGGUGGACUCUAAGAAUCGAGGUGGGAUCUUUCCAAUGGAAAUUGAAUAUUAAAACAUAGUUUUCCUUGGAACCGCACUCAAAAACUUAGAGUUGGGCUGUUAGUGUGCAUAUGCUGUGCACUCUGACAGACCUAGUCGAGAUCUAUCGGCCCACUAAUCCAAAUAAGAAGUCGGACAUCAUCAGGGGCCUAUUAUGACUGGCUUAUAUGUAGACUUUGGUUCGGCGCGUCGAAGUCGGUCUAACCUUGUCAAAUAGACAGCAUGAGUGUGCACUGAGCUCGUAAAUAGUGAGAGAUGGUAUUGUUUGUAA